AUGCCAAGCUCUUUCUUCACUUUCGCUGGGUUGAGCCUCACGAAUGCCUUCUUCAAGAGCAAUCCCCCAGAGAAGUUCAACCCCACCAAUGCCACGAUGGACGAAGCUGAUAGCAUAUCCGUUAAGCUCACCGAGCUCCUACGACACCCGGAAGUAGAUUCCCUCCCCUAUCUGUGCGCUAUAAGAGGUGCUCAAGCUAAUCGUUGUUUCGCUUAGGACCUUGACAGGAUAGCUUCGCUCAAUUCUGAAUUCUCACGGAAGAAAGGCCAUGUUGAUGCACAGCUUAAGGCUGCUCUUGCGACACAACUCAAGGUUACGCAGGUAUAGCUUCCGCGGUGGGCAAACGACUCCCGGGGGGCUUUGGUCACUGAUUAUUUGCUAGUCUGGAAUCGAUGCUAUCAAUGAUGGGCAAAAGAUCUUGAAUGCUGUCAAGGAGGAGAUGGUUAAAGUAUCUACUCUCCCGGAUCGUUGAGAAUGCUGGCCAAACUGAUACGAACGCUUAGAUUGAUAAACUGUGCAGUGAAGCGGAGGAGAUGAUCGAUGAAUUCCCAUUGAUAAACAAGAUUUCGAAGAUUCACCGCAAUUUUGUUGCUGUGGAGGAGAUCAAGUCCAAGCUCCAGGGCCUAGAUUCUCGAUUGGCAGAGGUGGGCCGCAUGCUUGCUGAUGACUCCGGCGACUGUGGGUUUGAGAAUUCAUCCAGCGGGUACACGGCAGAGCUGACGUUAGGGUCCCAGCGUUGGCAAACGAGAUGCCGAACCUUCUACCCAUCCACUUCGCGAUUAUGCAGUUGCAGGAUUUCAAAGAGGAUGUUAUGCACCAGAGCGAGCGAGCGGAUAACGAUGUUAAGGAGACACUCGAGAGCUAUUUUUCACCACUAGAGAAUACUGUCGGAAUGUUUGAUGAGAGGGUUGGGAUCAUUUCUAUGAGCUUGAUCGAGCUGGUUCGAGCUGGGAAUAGGAGUCUUGUUGUUCGUCUUGCAAAGAUCAUCGACUCUGAAGAACGGUCGGACGAGAAGGUCCUAGCUCUUCAGGAAGCUCAAAACAGCCACCAGGAUCUAGCUACAAGGUAUAACGGCCAAAACCAUCCCCGUCAUGAUAUCGCUGACAGGCCGAUUCAAGGUUCAAAUCGAUACAAAAAGGGCCCAAAGUAGCUCGAGGAUAUAAAGAAAAGUUCCUCGCCUGCAUAAAAGCCGCCGCCCAAGCUAAAUUCGAAGCUGCAAAGGAGCGAUUCGAGGACAAUCCGGAAGGUCUGGAAGAGUGUCUGAGCUGGUACUUUGCCGAUUUGCAAACUGUCAAGAGGGAUUUCGUCCAGUUAAUGCCCCGACGUUGGAAGAUCUUCGACACGUACCUUGAAAUCUACCACAACUCGAUGCACGGCUUUCUGAAAGACCAAAUCGGAAAGUCUGACCUCGACGGACAGGGUUUACUAAACAUCAUCCUAUGGAACGGGGAAUAUAAUAAGGGUAUGAAGGCACUCGGCGUCAAGGCAGCCGAACUAAAACCUCAGCUCAUCGACGGCCGGGAAGCGGAGCUACUGAAGGAAUACUCCCAACUGAUUGUCAGAAAGAUGGAAGAAUGGAUGAGCAAGAUAAUGGAGGACGACACAAAGGACUUCAUUCUCCGAACCCACCAACCCAACGAGGAAGACUCAAAAUGGCACAUGCCCAGCGUGCCAACAAUGUUCACCAUGAUAAACCAGCAACUAAAUGUCGCGCUCGACAGCAACAGGGGCAACGUCGUAACAGGAGUCGUGGACGAGUGCGUUCGCCUGCUCAAGGACCGCCAGGCUCGCUGGCAAGCAGUCAUGGCAGACGAAAUAAACAGGCACAUCAAAGCCACCACAAAGGAAGAUCUAGAAGACCUCCCGGACGGGAUCCUGGAGUACAUGAUGGCAGUAGCAAACGACCAAAUCCGCUCGGCAGCCUACACACAGGAAAUCUCGGACCGCGUCGCCCCAAUGCUCUCUAAGAAGUACGAAGACCAAGUCCGCCGCGCGCUGGAAGACGCCAUGAAUGGCUUCGUGGACCUGGCAACCUACUCCCUCGCCCAGAUCAUAGAAAUCAUCUUCAACGACCUCAAACCCCCGAUAAAGAACCUCUUCACCCCAGCCUGGUACAACGGCUCGGACAUGGAGACCAUGGCCACGACUAUGCGCUCUUAUAUCGUCGACUUGAGCCCGGGCCUCGACGCAGACCUGUUCCCGGCAUUUAUGCACCAGCUCUCGGAAAAGACAUGCGUAGCCUACCUCAGCGGCGUGCACAACAGAGGUGCAAAAUUCCGCACUUCCGAGGCCGCAGCGCAGAUCCGCUCGGACGUGGCUGCUGGGUACGGCUUCCUGACGGAGUUCGUUGAUAGGGGCGAGGUCAAAGGUGUGUGGACCGUGCUGGAACACUUCCUUGCCCUCAUUUGCAGCGAGAAAUCGCUUCUCGGCGAGAAGUAUGAUGCCUUCAAGCAGAGUUAUUGGGACCUCCCCAUCACUUGGGUCGAGGCUGUUAUCAAGUGUCGGGAUGAUAAGAGCAAAGAUAUGCUCGAGAUUGUUAGGAGCCGUGGAACUUAUGUGCCUCGGGGCGGAGAGAGCACUAUUAUGUCUAGGUUUGUGGUCCUUUUGGCGAUGGAUUUGGGGGAUUUGGGCUAA